AUGCAUGAUAAACUGCUUCAGUUUCAAAGGAAUGAUGUCUGGACUCUAGUACCUAGACCAGAGGGUGAACACAUCAUUGGGACAAAGUGGAUAUUCCGAAAUAAGACUAAUGAGGAGGGUAAUGUGAUCCGCAACAAGGCUCGUCUUGUAGCUCAAGGAUACUCUCAAAUGGAAGGAGUAGACUAUGAUGAGACAUUUGCUCAGGAAGAUGGCGAGUUGAUAGUUGCUCAAGUCUAUGUUGAUGAUAUCAUCUUUGGGUCGACUAAAGAUGAACUUGCUCAUAGUUUCUCAAAACUCAUACAAGCCAAGUUCGAGAUAAGCAUGAUUGGAGAGUUGACUCACUUCCUUGGUUUGCAAAUCCGUCAACAAGAUUCAGGUAAAAGUGUUGAUUCAUCUAUUUAUAGAAGAAUGAUAGGUCGUCUUCUUUACCUUACUGCUAGUAGACCUGACAUUAGUUACAAUAUGGGAGUGUAUGCUAGAUAUCAGGCUAAUCCCAAAGAGUCUCAUAUGAUUAUUUUGAAAAGAAUCAUAAAGUAUGUCAAAACCACUGCCAACUUUAGUAUGUGGUAUAGCAAGGACACAAAUGAUGUCUUAGUUGGGUAUUCUAAAGCUAAUUGGGCUGGGAAUGCUGAUGAUAGAAAGAGUAUAUUAGGAGAUUGUUUUUAUGUGGGUAACAAUCUUCUCUCCUGGAUGAGCACAAAGCAAAACUCCAUUUCAUUAUCCACUGUAGAAACUGAGUACAUCACUGCCGGUAGUUGUUGCACCCAACUUCUAUGGAUGCAAAAACUCCUUAUUGAUUAUGGUAUUCGUUAA